GCUCAUCAAUCUAGUUUACUAUUUUCACUAGCUGACAAGAGAGUCGCCGAUCGCCCUGAGCAGCCUCCUGGUCUGAUCUACCGCACUAAUCGGACCGUUCGCCUGAUCGGACCGUUCGCCUGAUCCUCAUCGGCCCGAUAGAAUUUAGAGGCUCGUCAGAACCAGCUUCCUGGGCUCUUUCUCCUCGCCUGUGUCACACGAUCGUACCGCUCUUAGCUCCGAUCGUACCGCUCUUAGCUCCGACCGUACCGCUCUAAGCUCCGAUCGUACCGCUCUAAGCUCCGAUCGUACCGCUCAUAGCUCCGAUCGUACCGCUCUAAGCUCCGAACCUACUGCUCUAAGCUCCGAUCGUACCGCUCUUAGCUCCGAUUGUACCGCUCGCCUCACCGACCUGCCCGCGUGAUUUCUGCUUGACCUAGAUGUUGCCGCGACGCGAUGGUGCACCCGUCACCACACUCCAUUCCGCCUCCGUUGUUCCCGUCGUCAAGGCCCGAUAAGACACAACCGCCCUCGUUAGAAUCACCCAUCCUAGAAUCGCCCGCGAGCGACCUCCGAUCAGCAAACUUUCAGCAUUCCGAAUUCGCCCGUUUCUCCUCUAUGGCAGCGUCCGCACCUUCCGCACCUUCCGCACCUUCCGCACCUUCCUCAUCCUUCCCCCCAUCUUCCCCAUUUUCCGCCUCCGCACCGUUUGCAUCCGCCAAUCCCCCGCUUUUCCCCGCAUCUACCACGCCCCCCUCUUCCGCCACUCCCCCGAUGUUCUCCGCCUCCGCACCUGCCGAGUCCGCCGCGCCGUCCCCCGUCCGCCCGCACAAGCCCACCGGCCGGCACGGCGCGACCGACCAGCAGCGGCGGCGCGAGCUGGCUCUUGAGCGGCAGCGGGCGGCGCGGCGGGACCUGCAGCUACACGCGCGACACGUGGCGCUCGCCGCAACCGGCACCGUGACCCCCGCUGAGGAGAGCGACGCGGGCGAGUCUACUGCGGCAGCGGCGGUGGCGGAGAGGAGGGAAAUAUCGCCGUUGCUUCCCGAGAUUUGCGAGUUUGACGAGGCGUCGGGGCAAUGGACGAGAAUUGACCAGGAUGGAUUCAGAAUCGACGGCUCAGGGAGGAGGAUCGACCAAAACGGCUUCAAAUCUGAUGCUUCUGGGGCGAGAUUAGAGGCCUUUGCAGCUAGUUGUCAUGCUGCGGAGGGGAGAAUGGCCGAGGGGAAUGAGUUGGGCGGAGGAGGAGGCGGGGAGGGGGUUUCGGGGUUGGCGCAUGGUGAGGCAGAGAGAGGAGUGUCAGAGGGGGCGAGGGAGUGGUACUCGCAGCAAUUGAUGCUGCCGGAAUGGAUGGUCGACGUGCCCCCUCGACUCGCCUCUGAUUGGUUCGUGAUGCCGCGGCCGGACGGGCGGCGUUGUUUGGUGGUAUCUGCGAACGGCACGACCGUGAGUCGUCUGCGCAAUGGCCGAAUCCUCCACCGCUUCCCCUCGCACCUCCCAAACGGCGCCAGGGCUCCAGGUGUUGCUGCUGGCGCCCACGUGUACUGCAUCCUGGACUGCAUCUUCCAUGAGCCCAACGGCACGUACUAUGUUUUGGACGUGAUGGCAUGGCGCGGCUACUCCCUGUACGACUGCACCACCGAGUUUCGCUUCUUCUGGCUGCAAACCCACCUCCCCCAGUCUGGCGCCUGCGACCCCCCCUCCCACUUCCACCGCUUCCGCUUCGCCCCUGUUCCCUUCUUUGAGUGUAAUGGCAAGGGGCUAGAGGCUGCUUACCAUGGGUGGAGAGGGGUGGAGAGCGGUGCCGGGGGAGGGACAGGAGGAGCAGGGACGGCAGGAAGUGAAGGGGCAUUUCCAGUAGCAGCAGGAGGGGCAGGAGGAGGGGAAGGUGGGAUAGCAGCAGGGAUGGGGGCAGCAGGAAUGGGGGCAGCAGGGAUGGGGGCAGCAGGAAUGGGGGCAGCAGGAAUGGGGGCAGCAGGAAUGGGGGCAGCAGGAAUGGGGGCAGCAGGAAUGGGGGCAGCAGGAAUGGGGGCAGCAGGAAUGGGGGCAGCACCAGCGACUGCUGCCAAUGGAGAGGCGAACGGAGCCCCUGCUUCUCCUGCUGCCAUUGGGGGCCCUCCCGGUGCUUCGUUGCACGUGGAGUUCACACGAGACGGCCUGCUCUUCUACAACCGCCACUCGCACUACACGCUGGGCAUCACACCUCUGGUGCUGCAGUGGAAAGAUGCGGCCUGCAGCAGAUUCGUGGUGGACACAGAUGGGGCGGGGAUAGUGCCAGAGCAGCAGCAGGUCGUUCUCCUGCUCUCACCAGAUGGAUCUCUGGUAACAAGCGAUGACCCUCCAGUGAUCUUCGGAUCUCUUCCCCCUCACGUGCUCAACAACCCCUCCCUGCAUCUGCGCCCAAACAAGCUACUGAGAUUUUCCAUAGGCCCCAACGGGUUGCACCUGGAGCAGGGGCGAGUGGUGGGGGCGGAUCUGCUGCUGCUGGGCGCUGCCAACCAGAGGAGAGGGGGCGCUGACAGCUGCUCAAAGAUUCUGUUCCAGUAUGCGGCUCGGCAUGCCCCUCUCACCAUCCACCACAUUGCCUCGGCAGUGAUAGGAGGACUGCAGGAAUGAGAUUGGUAGAAAACAGAACUUGCGCUGACAGGUUCUGUUUCAGUAUGGGGCUUGGUAGUCGCCUCCCCAUCCACCACAUUGCUGCUGCAGUGUUAGGUUAGGUCCAUAGACAUGUGAUUUGUAGAAAACAGAUAUCGUGUACAACCAUAUGUUGUACAGUUAGUAAGUCUAGAAAAUGUUAUGAGCACUUGUGCUGGUCAUAAAAAUUGCUGCAAUCU